UGACUUCGUAUCCUUUAAUCUAACCAACUAGGACCUGGAAGUUAUAGGGGAUUAUUCUUCCUUCUGUUUCCCUAGAUAAGUGUAUCCAAAUGCCCAGUUCGAUUGUAGUUAUUCCACUCAUUAUUUUUUUAUUUUUUCAAAAUGUUAUAAGUGAUUUUUUAGCAAAGAAGGCUACAUAAUGUGUUCCAUGGCAAUCUGUCAGGACCUGGGAGCAGCUUCUUCCGCCCGGGCCUGGUCUCCGCAGAGGAGCUGUUGCCGUCAUGUCGGCUGCGAUUGCAUCCCUGGCUGCCUCCUAUGGUUCGGGUUCAGGCUCCGAAUCGGACUCUGACAGUGAGGGCGGUCGGUGUCCGCUGCCAGCCGCCGACUCCCUUAUGCACUUGACUAAAUCGCCCUCGGCCAAGCCUUCUCUGACAGUGGCGGUGGACUCGGCUCCGGAGGUGGCUGUUAAGGAAGAUUUGGAAACUGGAGUUCACCUUGACCCUGCUGUCAAAGAAGUUCAGUAUAAUCCUACCUAUGAGACAAUGUUUGCUCCUGAAUUUGGACCAGAAAAUCCCUUUAGGACACAGCAAAUGGCUGCCCCUAGAAAUAUGCUUUCUGGAUAUGCAGAACCAGCUCAUAUCAAUGAUUUCAUGUUUGAACAGCAAAGAAGAACUUUUGCCACAUACGGUUAUGCAUUGGACCCUUCAUUAGAUACUCAUCAAGUGUCUGCUAAAUAUAUUGGUUCUGUAGAAGAAGCUGAAAAAAAUCAAGGCUUAACUGUGUUUGAAACUGGUCAGAAGAAAACAGAAAAGAGGAAAAAGUUCAAAGAAAAUGAUGCAUCUAAUAUUGAUGGUUUCUUGGGUCCAUGGGCAAAAUAUGUGGAUGAGAAAGAUGUAGCCAAACCUUCAGAAGAAGAACAAAAAGAAUUGGAUGAAAUUACAGCAAAGAGGCAGAAAAAAGGCAAACAGGAAGAAGAGAAACCUGGGGAGGAGAAGACAAUCUUACAUGUUAAAGAAAUGUAUGACUAUCAAGGCAGGUCCUAUCUUCACAUACCUCAGGAUGUUGGUGUUAAUCUACGGUCAACUGUACCACCUGAGAAGUGUUAUCUUCCUAAAAAACAAAUUCAUGUGUGGACUGGACACACAAAGGGUGUCAGUGCAGUCAGAUUGUUUCCUCUCUCUGGCCAUUUAUUGCUGUCUUGUUCCAUGGACUGUAAAAUUAAGCUAUGGGAGGUUUAUGGAGAUCGACGCUGUCUGCGAACUUUUAUUGGUCACAGUAAAGCUGUUAGGGACAUCUGCUUCAAUACCGCAGGAACACAGUUCCUCAGCGCAGCCUAUGACAGGUAUCUUAAGCUCUGGGACACUGAGACAGGACAGUGUAUAUCAAGAUUUACAAACCGAAAAGUACCCUAUUGUGUCAAAUUCAAUCCUGAUGAAGACAAACAAAAUCUCUUUGUGGCUGGGAUGUCUGAUAAAAAGAUUGUGCAAUGGGACAUUCGAAGUGGAGAAAUUGUCCAGGAAUAUGAUAGGCAUUUGGGAGCUGUCAACACCAUUGUUUUUGUUGAUGAGAAUAGGAGAUUUGUGAGCACAUCUGAUGAUAAGAGCCUAAGAGUUUGGGAAUGGGAUAUCCCUGUGGAUUUCAAGUAUAUAGCAGAACCCAGUAUGCACUCAAUGCCUGCAGUGACUUUGUCUCCAAAUGGGAAAUGGCUAGCAUGCCAAUCAAUGGACAACCAAAUCUUAAUUUUUGGAGCACAGAACAGAUUUCGAUUAAAUAAGAAAAAAAUUUUUAAGGGCCAUAUGGUAGCAGGCUAUGCUUGUCAGGUAGACUUCUCACCAGACAUGAGCUAUGUGAUUUCAGGAGAUGGAAAUGGAAAAUUAAACAUUUGGGACUGGAAGACCACAAAACUCUACAGUCGGUUUAAAGCUCAUGAUAAAGUGUGUAUAGGUGCGGUGUGGCAUCCUCAUGAAACAUCUAAGGUCAUAACAUGUGGUUGGGAUGGUCUCAUUAAACUGUGGGAUUAAUGGGAUUAAUCUUUAAACUAUCUAGGAUCAUUUUUGGUCCAAUUCAUAUUUAACUAUAUUUAAUUAUUAAAUGUGUUGGAUGGCAACUUGAUUUGCAGAUAAUGUUUUCCUUACACGGACUUAUGAAGUUAACCCAUUGUUUAAAAAAAAAGAACUGUAAAUUGAACUCAUAACUUUAUUGGCAACUUCAUUUUGUUCUUUAUAGAUGUUAUUUAUAUGGAGAAUGACCAUUGACUUUCUACUCAACAAGUAGUUAUUGUUGGCAGGUAGUUUGGGUUUAUCCCCGUAACAUACUGAAAGGAUCCCUUUGGGACCAAGAAUUCCCAGUGGAUUUGAGAUCCUAGAGGAGGUAAUGUAAUUAAUGACUCAGAAAGGUACCAUAUACUUACCUUUUCAACCAAAAGGGCAGUAAAGAACAGGGAUGAUGUAAUUUAAUAUAAAUCUGAAAGAAGGGUAAAACUACCCACAAUUACUAUUCCUAUUAUCUUCCAUGGAUCAAGUUCUAAUUUUUUGGCUUCAUGAAUUCCACUACUUUUGAUGACAUAUGUUGUAUAUAUUUAGUUGUAAAUUAGUAAUCUUUGACUGCAGCGUUCCUCUGAUUAUUGAACAAUGUAAAAUAAAAAUCAAUCCAGAAUUCUUUCCUUGACUUUCUUCCUGAUCAGUAUAGAUAGGACUAUAUAUAUUUAAUCAGAGAAUUACAUUAUUUCUGAGGAUGGAACUCAAGAGAAUGAGCCAAUACUGAAUUUUAUUUAUAUUCACUGUCGGUAGGACCUGGCUACACUUUUGGAAAACAGGAUCUCCUAGGUCAUUACUUCACGGAUGUUACUACUGAAAUCCUCACAGGAAACAGAAUAUGAGGGCAUAGUCCAAAAUGUCAACUUGUAAUUUCUUUGAAAUCAUGUUUUACCUUUAAAAUUAUUCUGAUUUUGCUUGUGAAUGUAUAUGAGAAUUUUUUAAGAUUAGAAAAAUUUUAAACAUCUUUCCAAAUCUAUGGAAAAAAAAUUGGCACUCAGGAACAUGGCUAGGGUUCCCUUGUUUGAGAAGCAGUGACCAUGGUAAAAAAAAAAAUAGCUUAAAAACUUCAGGUUAUGAAGUCAGGUUAGCCCCUUGAAUAUAAUAGCUAACAGCACUUUAGUUUGACAAGCCACUUCUCCUGUUUUUUUAAAGUCUAUAUUAGAUGUUUGAAUGUGGUUUGAAAUAUUUCAGUACCAUGCUGAAAAAGAAUGGUUGAUAGCUGCUCAGAGUGCUGACUUGGAGAACAAAAUCUUGUUGAGUGUUGACCUAAGAGCAUUAAGCUGUGAGUCCUAUGCUGUCAUAGCAAUGCAUGCUCUUUGCCCAUAGAGAACUUCCAUUUUAAAAAAUUUAAAUUUAAAAAGGCCUGGUAUAUAUGACCAGGCCCUAUAGCCACAUAUAAAUAAAUUUCAAAGAAGAAAAUAGAACAAGAGAAUAAAAGUGGAGAAGUAUUUUUUUGACACACAGCACUGAGAGAAAUACAAACACACUGCUUAGCCACUGCCAUUUCUGUGUCUGCCAGGAAGGGUGACAGAUUUCUGAAGAGGAAGAUAUUCUGAUAAGACCUUUACUUUAGUCCCAACCACUGGUUUUAACAGAUGUGAGUUAUUGAAAUGUGAUGGGACAAAAAGAAUCUGUCUUGUUCAGCACCAGUAUUGUAUAUAUUAGAAAUCAUAAUUUCUAAAUCUGGAUUUAUUUUAUUGUGUUUUUGACUGUUU